AUGCAUGUUCCAGCAGCUACUUAUGAAAAUAAGGCUUUACAGGAAGAAGUUUAUGCUCAGCAAACAAUUGUGGGUCAAGCCAGUCAAGCUCUAAAUCUCUGUCACAGCACCACCGAGUUUCAUGGAUCAAUGGAACAAGUCGAGGGGGAACGACUUCUUCUUAUUGCAAAAUGUAGGGAAAGUGGUGCUCAAAUACAUGAUGAUGAAGAGGCAAUGAGACAAGAGGAUGCUAGCUUUUCAUGUAGUGAUGAUAGUCAAGAUGAUGAACUUUCAUACCCAUCACAGGAAGGUGUAAACAACAUUGACAAUGGGAAACAUUUCUCCCAGUCACAGUCCCAAAAGCGACAUGCAUGUGUGAAUGAAAUCCAGAGGUUGAAAACUGUAGGAUCUUUAAGUAGGAAGCUGGAUUCAGAAGGAAGGGGUACCUUAAUAAUCAAUGAUAUUAGACUUCCAUUAAAACGAGAAUUUCUUGUUGCCCAAAUGGAAGGAAAAAAUGAAGAUGCCGUUCACUACUUUCUGUGCCUUAUUCGCCACAAUGCUGAUGUUAUUGCUACACAGAUGUUGUCUACAGAAGAUGGAAUCACAGCUGGUACCUUCGGUUUCACAAACCACAUCACCAUACAGGAUCUGAGCAGUGACUUUGUUGUUAACUUCGAAAUUUACGCACUGCAAACCAAAAAAGAAGCACUUUCGCAUGACAGGAAAUACCACAUUAAAAAAGAUCACAGUAAAAUAAGACUGACUCCCAAGGGCAAAAAAUCAGAGGCUAAGCUACUUACUUCACCAGCCAUCUCUAGUCCAGGAGGUCCUAAUGCUGUCCGGACAUCUAGUUUUGGCCUUGUGGGGUUCCUGAAGCUUAAGUUAAACACUUGCAACCGCAAAGCAUACUCUCUUGACAAAGUUCCGUACGCAUCUCCUCUAGAAGGUACUGUAAUGAUGAAGGUCCAGCUUCAUGCAGAGCAUAAUGUAGAGGAAAAAGGGUUCUUGACUAUGUUUGAAGAUGUGAGCGGUUUUGGGGCUUGGCAUCGUCGUUGGUGCGUCUUACAGGGUAAUUAUGUAGCCUACUGGAAGUAUCCUGAUGAUGAGAAGAGAAAGGAACCAAUUGGAUCCAUUGAUCUAAGGCAGUGCGUUACAUCUCAAGUUGGAUUGGUACCUCGAGACAUUUGUGCCAGAUCUCACACCUUUCAGCUUGUUACGAUUAGACCUCAAGAGAAAGGUGACCGUGAUACUUUAAUAUCCCGCAGCCACAAGACUGUCACAUCCACAAAGCACCUUCUGUCAGCUGACACUAAAGAGGAACGUAUUGUAUGGUGCACACGAUUAAAUGAGGCACUUGGAAACAUCAGAAGAUGGGACCCACAAGCUCUGCAGCCCCCUGACUUUAGUCAUGUGAGUUAA